UACCGAGUUGGUGGCUUGCUUGUCAAAUAGAAAGACCCCACUUGCUAAAGACUUGUCGUCUCUCUCUUUUUUUUCAGAUCUAAACGCAGUCCACGCCUUCAUUUACAACAUUUGCAAGACAAGAAUAAGCAAAACGGCAUCUGGGUGUGUUUCCUUUCUCUGUGUUGUGUCUGAAAAACAGCCGGAGAAACAGAGAGAUGGGGAUGGUGGGUGUCCAAGAAAAUGGGAGUGGAGAAACGGCAAGGAAGAACAAGUAUAAGAGAAUGGAUUCUGAGUUGACAGAGUUUGAUGAUGAUAAUCUUCAAAUUCGUGAAGAUAGGAAAAGUACUACCGGAAAAUAUGUGCUUGCUUGUGUCGUUUUUGCAUCUCUAAAUAACGUUCUUCUUGGCUAUGAUGUAGGUGUCAUGAGUGGAGCAAUCAUAUUCAUUCAGAAAGAUUUAAAGAUAACUGAGGUACAACAAGAAAUUCUUGUUGGAGUCUUGAGCGUCGUCUCGCUUUUUGGCAGUUUAGCAGGUGGGAGAACAUCAGAUGCCAUUGGCAGAAAAUGGACCAUGGCCUUAGCUGCUCUUAUCUUUCAGAUAGGUGCAGGUGUGAUGACACUUGCUUCUUCAUUCCAAAUACUGAUGAUAGGAAGAUUUUUGGCUGGGAUUGGAAUUGGCUUAGGAGUUAUGAUUGCCCCUGUGUAUAUAGCUGAGAUAUCACCAACUGUUGCUAGAGGAUUCCUUACCUCAUUUCCAGAGAUUUUUAUAAACUUAGGAAUAUUACUAGGUUAUGUUUCCAACUACGCAUUUUCAGGUCUUUCAGAACACAUAAGCUGGAGGGUAAUGCUUGCAGUAGGAAUUCUGCCCUCUGUGUUUGUUGGAUUUGCCCUAUUUAUAAUCCCUGAGUCACCAAGGUGGUUGGUGAUGCAAAACCGAGUAGAAGAAGCAAGAUUGGUGCUUCUUAAAACAAAUGAGAAUGAGAAUGAGGUUGAGGAGAGACUUAAAGAAAUCCAAUUAGCUGCUGGACUUACUAAUGUGGAGAAGUAUGAACAAAAGGCUGUGUGGCAUGAACUGUUGAGCCCUUCCCCUUCACUGCGCCGGAUGCUAAUUGCUGGGUUUGGAAUCCAGUGUUUCCAACAGAUCACGGGCGUAGAUGCAACUGUCUAUUACAGCCCUGAGAUCUUCAAAGAAGCUGGGAUUGAGAAUGAUUCAAAUCUUCUUGUUGCAACAGUUGCUGUGGGUGUUACAAAGACGGUCUUUAUACUGUUUGCCAUGUUAGUUAUUGACAAACUGGGUAGGAAGCCCUUGCUUUAUCUCAGCACAAUUGGAAUGACUAUUUGUUUGUUCGGUUUAGGUUUUAGUCUCACUUUUCUAGGAAAAGGGCAACUUGGUGUUGCCUUUGCAAUUUUGUCUGUGUGUGGAAAUGUAGCUUUCUUCUCUCUUGGCAUGGGUCCUGUUUGCUGGGUUUUGACAUCUGAAAUCUUCCCUUUACGUCUGCGUGCUCAAGCAACUGCGCUUGGGGCUGUGGGUAAUAGAGUCAGUAGCGGCUUCAUUGCCAUGUCCUUCCUUUCUGUCUCUCAGAAGAUUACAAUGGGCGGAACAUUCUUUAUCUUUUCACUUGUUUCUGCUCUUUCCAUUCUCUUUGUCUAUAAAUACAUACCAGAAACAAAAGGAAAAUCUUUGGAACAGAUUGAAUUGCUAUUUAAGAAUGAGGUCGACUGGCAAGGAAGUGAAGUUGAGCUGGGAGAUGUUCAGCAACUUGUGCAGAAAGAAUGAGUAAUUGGAACUUGUCAAGGUUUAUCUGGAGCCAACAUUUCUUCAUUCUAUGAUUCAGUGACUGGAUUGUGGAGAAAGAAAAUCAUUCAAUGUUAGCUGAGUUUUACACCCCUGAUGGAGCUAUUGUCAAUAUGACGACACGUAUCUAAAUGUAAACCUUCCUGGCAUCUAUAUGUCUACAUCUCGGUAACCAUAGGAAAAAAGGUGUAAGGAUGUGAUCAAUUAAUGCUACUUGAGUCGCAUUCUUUCUGCUUAGUCAGAGGCAUAACUAGAUAUCAAGAUUGUAAUAUGUUUCUGGCCUAUGGUUGCUGAAUAUCAAGAUUUAGUUGUACUGGUUUUUGCCUUGGUUGCUAGUCUUGUGAUUAUUUUUCGGAGAACUAUAAAUGAACUUUCAUUUGACAGUCUAA